AUGGCAAGAUCUGACCACUUCCGGUCCGUCGCAUCCAAUUCUUCCGACCGGAACUUCAGUUCCUCGCAGGCGUGCGCAUCUUCAGUUCCUAUCUGGACCCACAGCCCCGGCUGUGAAGUUCGUUCGUUCGUCCGGGUUGCGGGGUUCGAGGCCGGCGGCGCCCUCACUAGCAUUAUGGCUCGAAAUGCGGAAAAGGCCAUGACGGCCUUAGCAAGAUUUCGCCAAGCGCAACUGGAAGAGGGGAAAGUGAAGGAAAGAAGACCCUUCCUAGCCUCAGAGUGUACUGAGCUGCCCAAAGCUGAGAAAUGGAGGCGGCAGAUCAUUGGUGAGAUCUCUAAGAAAGUGGCUCAGAUUCAGAAUGCUGGUUUGGGUGAAUUCAGAAUUCGUGAUCUGAAUGAUGAAAUCAACAAACUGCUAAGAGAAAAAGGCCACUGGGAGGUCCGGAUUAAAGAGCUGGGAGGCCCUGAUUAUGGAAAAGUUGGCCCUAAAAUGUUAGAUCAUGAAGGCAGAGAAGUCCCAGGAAAUCGAGGUUACAAGUACUUUGGUGCAGCAAAAGAUUUGCCUGGUGUUAGAGAGCUGUUUGAAAAAGAACCUCUUCCUCCACCGAGAAAGACACGUGCUGAGCUCAUGAAGGCGAUUGAUUUUGAAUAUUAUGGUUACCUUGACGAAGAUGAUGGUGUUAUUGUGCCUUUGGAACAAGAAUAUGAGAAGAAAUUCAGAGCUGAUUUGGCUGAGAAGUGGCGAGUGGAACGAGAGGCCCGGCUGGCGAGAGGAGAAAAGGAAGAGGAGGAGGAAGAGGAAGAAGAGAUCAAUAUCUAUGCUGUCACUGAAGAGGAGUCCGACGAGGAGAGCAGCCAGGAGAAGCGAGGGGAGGACGGACAGCAGAAGUUUAUUGCUCAUGUUCCCGUGCCAUCCCAGCAGGAGAUCGAGGAGGCAUUGGUGCGCAGGAAGAAGAUGGAGCUCCUCCGGAAGUAUGCCAGCGAGACCCUACAAGCCCAGAGCGAGGAGGCCAAGAAGCUCCUGGGAUAUUAGAUACAAGCUGGGGUACACCCGGUGGUCCCCGGGCUCCCACUAUCAGCCUGGAAGCUUUCAACUGCCAGCCACGGCCCUUCGGUUUAGCCCUGGGCUCUGCGGACAUGAGGCCAGUGCUGGCUGCCACUGCCAACCUCUCGUCUCCUGACACAUACACCCUACUGCUGUCUGAACCCCAUUUUCUUCCACUUGGAGUGGACUAAGGGCAGCUGUCUGGCAGUCAGUGAGGGUCUAGCCUUGUGCUAUGAUUUGGUGGGGAGAGGACAGUGACAUCUGUCUUAGGACCUUUUUUUGUUUUUUUGGGGGAGACAGACCAUACCCGGUGAUGCUCAGGGGUUACUCCUGGCUAUGAGCUCAGAAAUUGCUCCUGGCUUGGGGGACCAUUUGGGGCG